CCGUCAAGGUAGUUCCGGAGUACUUUCGUUGCUAGGAUACCGUAAACAGUCUGUCACCUGGAGUGUGUUAUCGGGAGCACAGCGGCCACUCCACAGGGACCAUGGAGAUUGUGUACGUGUACACGCGAAAGCGCAGUGAGUUUGGACGACAAUGCAACUUUUCCGACCGCCCAGCGGAACUACAUGUAGACAUACUGCCUGAUCCUUCACAGGCAUUAAACUUUAUAGAGAGAAACCCAUGUGACACAGGCAUCCAGUGUGCCAACGACAUGUCUGAGCAUGAGAUUAACACAGAAAGAUUUGAAAUGGAAGCUCGAGGGGUAAACCAUGUGGAAGGUGGAUGGCCUAAAGACAUUAAUCCACAGGAAAUGGAGCAAACCACCCGUUACCGGAAAAAAGUGGAAAAGGAUGACCAUUAUAUCGCCACAAUCACACAGCUGGGAAGCGUGAUGGAGCACUGCAUCAAACAAAACAAUGCUAUCAAUAUUUACGAGGAGUACUUUGAAGAAGAGGAAGAGCUGGAGGGGAUGGAUGAAGCUCCUUCUGCAAAGACCAUUAAUGUAUUCAGAGACCCCAAUGAAAUCAAGCGCACUGCUACACAUCUCUCCUGGCACCCAGAUGGCAGCAGAAAACUGGCCGUCGCUUAUUCUUGCCUCGAGUUCCAGCGAGCCCCCAAAGACAUGAGCUACGAUUCCUAUAUUUGGGAUAUUGAAAACCCAAACAAGCCAGAACUGACUCUGAAGCCUGUGUCCCCACUUGUCAGCUUGGAAUACAACCCCAAAGAUUCACACAUCCUGGUUGGAGGCUGCUACAAUGGACAGAUCACAUACUGGGACACCAGGAAAGGGGGACAACCAGUGGAAUUGUCUGUGAUUGAACAUAGCCACCGUGAUCCUGUAUACAAGGUCAUAUGGCUUCAGUCAAAAACUGGCACCGAAUGUUUCUCAACCUCCACAGAUGGUCAGGUCUUGUGGUGGGACAUCCGAAAAAUGAGUGAACCAACAGAAAAAUUAGUUCUGGAUAUCACAAAAAAGGGAAACCUUGAUUUGGCAUUGGGAGGCAUCUCUUUGGAGUUUGAGCCAACUAUACCAACCAAGUUUAUGGUGGGAACAGAACAGGGCAUGGUGAUAUCCUGCAACCGAAAGGCCAAGACACCAGCUGAAAAGAUUGUCUGUACCUACAGUAGCCAUCAUGGGCCCAUAUAUGCUGUGCAGAGAAAUCCCUUUUUUCCAAAAAAUUUCCUGACAGUUGGAGAUUGGACAGCCCGAAUCUGGUCAGAAGACUCACGGGAAUCCUCUAUCAUGUGGACAAAAUAUCACAUGAGUUACUUAACAGAUGCUGCCUGGAGUCCAGUACGGCCGUCUGUGUUCUUGACCACCAAAAUGGAUGGGACCCUGGAUGUCUGGGACUAUUUAUUCAAACAGAACAAUCCCACUCUGAGCCUAAAGGUGUGUGAUGAUCCUCUCUACAGCCUCCGCUUACAAGAUAAUGGGCGUUUUGUAGCCUGCGGCUCUAAAAUGGGUCUGACCACACUGCUGGAGCUGUCACCUGGGCUGUGCACAAUGCAGAGAAAUGAGAAGAACCUUGCAACUGCUAUGUUUGAACGUGAAACAAAGCGAGAGAAGAUCCUGGAGGCAAGGCACCGAGAGAUGCGCCUGAAGGAGCGUAGCAAGGCUGAGCCAGGCAAAGAAGAGGAAGCCAAGGAUGAUAAGCCGGAGGAGAACACAGAGGAGCUGAUCGCCAAGGCUGAAAAAGAAUUCUUUGAAAUAAUAGAGUCUGAGCGUAAGCGACAAGAGCAAGAGGAGAAGAAAAGGAACGGAGAAGAUAAAGAGGAAAAAGAAGUGUCUGAGGAGAAAGAAGUGAAGUCAGACGAUUAAUCUCACUCAUUAGUGCUACAAGUGGACAGCAAGAGGCUCAUAUGUUCUAUUACUGCAUCUUUCUUUAUACCAUUGUUACAAUAUUAUGUGUUAUAGUUUCUUUUUUUGUAAAUUAAAGAUGGUAAUAAAUAAUUUAUUGCAACAUA